GAGACCUGCGGGAAGGGAAGGAGCUGCCGCCGGCGGAGCUCCAGGAUUUACGUCUUUCUGUAAAGCUUAAAGUGGGAAAAACUUUGGCUCAUCCUGGGUUCCCAGGAUCCUCUUUUCCUUGAUUUUCCUCCCACGUCUGCAGGACUGGACUGGUGUGAUGCAGCGCGUGCAGAGCUUUUCUGGUGUCCUCUGAAUCCCUGAAGCCCCCCCCCCCCCCGUGGCCUCGGUGACCCCCCUGGAUCCCCCGGAUCAUGGCCCUGGGUUGGAUUCCUGUGACGCGGACCAUGCUGCUCGUGCCAUGCUGAGUGCGCUGGGGAGGGUGUUUCUGUGUUCCCUGGGUCUGCUGGCCGCCAUGGCCACCAAGCCCUGCUCCAGGGACAUCAUCACCCGGGUGGAGAGCCUCAACGCCACCGUGCAGAUGUAUUCGGACUGCAGACUGUACACACCCACCAUCCAGGACUACAAGCAGAAAUGCCCCAAGGCUGCCCUGACCUGCUUCGCCUCCGAGGUGAAGGUUCUGACCCAGGAGCUGGAGAUUCUGGGCCGGGCGGAGAAGUCCCGGAGGAAGAAUAUCAACAGCGAGCUGAAGAGACUGGCCCAGAUGUUCAACCAGGAGGAGUCCGAGUGUCGCCUCUGCGAGGUCCUCCAGGAGGAAAACGCACCGCGGUUCCUGGAAAACCUUUUCCUGUCCCUUGAAAUGAUGAACCGCCAGCAUUGUCGAACGGUCCGACGGAGACGCCUCGGCGCCUGACGCCAGAGCGCCGGAGCACCGGAGCACCGGAGCGGGGGAGCACUGGAGCGGCAGAGCACCGGAUCCUCAAGUUCCCCUUUUUCUUUCUCCCUGAACGUCCUUCUUUUAACGAUAAAAGCAAACUUUUAUCUGAUACAUGAGAAAACAACGUGGCGCUUUAUCACUCAGGCUUCACUCGACCUUCGGUUUUUAGUUCAUCCGUUUUCUUUUUAAAUAUUUCAUCUCUUACACAAUCGGAGCGCCAGAGUGCCGGAGCGCUGGAGCACCGGAGCACCGGACCGGCAGAGCAGGGUUCCCGCCAAAUCUAUUGGACGGAUCGGCUCUGCAUACGACUGUGACGUUGACCGAGUUCGAAAGGUUUUCAGCCCCAAUAAACGACUGAGAACCUGAAGGUGACGGGACCAACAACGGGGCAACGUCUGCCCGUCAAGACGGAAAACCAGAGAUCUCCAGAGGUUCUGAGGUCUCCAGAACCGCUCCAGAUCGCUACAGAACUGAUCCAUAACCACUCCAGAACCGAUCAGGAACCGAUCCAGAAUUUAUCCGGAGCUGGGAGGAAACCAUGGAAUGGAAAUGUCUUUUGUAUAAAAUAAAAUAUAUACUUAAAA